GGCCAUACAGAGGUAACGACGAUGGCGUGUGGAUCGUGCUCAAACGAAAAUGCGUACAAGGCAAUUUUCGUUUGGUAUCGCCGGAAACAGAGGGGAGAUAAGUCAUAUACCCCAGAGGAGAAAACGAGUUGCGUAAUGAACCAAUUGCCUGGUGUUUCUGACCUGACUGUUAUGUCUUUCAAAGGCGCUUUCCACAACAGAACGUUUGGUACGUUAAUCACGACUCAUACCAAGCCAGUCCAUAAACUGGACAUUCCUACAAAGGACUGGCCAAUUGGAACCUUCCCUCGCCACAAGUAUCCGUUGGAAGUAUUUGUGCGUGAAAAUGAGGAAGAAGAUCGUCGCUGUUUGGCGGAAGUUGAAGAGCUUUUUGAUCGGUACAACAAUAUAAAUAAUAUGCUUACCUGGAUUUAGUCAAAUCGAAG